AUGGAACCCCAUUUUGUGUAUACCCCGUUGGGCCAGCCAACCGAGCAAAUUCGGCUCCUCACCAUCCACCCCGGAUUGGCAGACUCGCCUCUCCAAUGCACCCUCACCGUGGUGUCGCUCAAGCCCAAUCCGCCGCCGUACGUGGCUAUCUCAUACACAUGGGGCCCUCCCAUGCCAACCGCCGUCAUCACCAUCGAUGGGAAGCCCAUGGUUGUCCGCGAGAGGUGCCGCAACGCUCUCCGCACGAUGCGCUCGCAUCGCAUCGACGUGCCGAUCUGGAUCGACGCCAUCUGCAUUAACCAGAACGACACGCACGAGAAGAGCUUCCAGGUCGGUAUGAUGGGGACCAUUUACCACGGUGCCCAAUCCGUCGCAGCCUGUUUGGAGUGUGGCGACAGUCUCACCAUGAUGCGAAACCUGUAUCCCCUGAUCCCACCGACUCUCGAUACCAGCCAAGCGCAGGACGAAAUCUUUGAGCGCUGGCAGGCCGCCGUCCACGACAUGCUUGGCAACCCAUACUUCACACGCAUGUGGAUCGUACAGGAGAUUGCUCUGGCACGGGAGUUGCAUCUGUACAGCGGUGAGGACGUGCUGGACUGGUCCGCGUUUGGGGCGCAAACGUAUGACUGGCGGGGAAAGAUGAUGUCGCUCAAGCGCUACCCUCCUGGCCCAGAUCUCGAGCGCGCGCUGAAGGAUCUGUCUGAUACUCGGACCGAGAUGGGGACGAACAAGGCGUAUGCGCACCAGAAGCGGAACCUGACACCCACGCUCACGGGACUGAUGUCUAGCCAUCUGGCGCGGGGAUGCGAGAACCCGAGGGACAAUUUGUACGCCAUGCUGCCCAUGCUAAAGCACGCGGGAGGGUUCGACUCGCAUCAGAUGCAACCAGCCUAUGACAAGUCGCCGUGGGAGGUGCUUUGGCACCUAGUUGAGUGCUUCAAGGUCCCGGCGGCCGAUAUUGCAGCCUUUUUCGAGGCCCGCGCUACACAACAAGCCGCGAACAGUUUGAACCUCCCCGCUCCUCCGAGCCCCAUCGAAACACACUUCCUGGGCUACGCCAUGCGCGUCAGCUGUCCUAACGGCAGUGCAUACAACGGCUUGCUUGGAGACAACGCGGCCCUGUCCAGCUUGCCCCAGCCAAGACGCUACUUCCUGGCUAUCUGGCCGGGCCUGCCAACAGCCGCCUUCACGCUCGGACCGAAGCUGACCCCCAACGAGCCAGAGGGAUUUACCAUCGACGGUUAUUACCCCUUUCCAGGUGACAUCCAGGCUCUCCAACGCCUUCCGGAGCGGUGCGACUGCCGUUCCUCCUCCUGUCCAGGAAAAGCGCUCCAAGCGCGACAUCUUCCUUCGUCCGGAUGUGGGAGCCCGGGUUGCCGCAAGAAAGCAGGACCGGCAACAAUGACAUAG